ACUUGACCCAAAAACAACAGGCAUAAGCCAUAAAGAAAAUGACAGUAUACGAUAUAGGUGUGCACCUUAUUGAGCGGCUACUGUUCAUACUGAAAGCAGUAACAUUUUCACAAACGCCACUGUACCUACGCACUUACGUCAACAACAACAAAUGUAAACAAGAAACAGCUGAGCGAAUGCGAAAGUGAGAAUACCGUAUAAUUGUGUGUAUAAGUAGUAAGAGUUGCCAGCAACGAUAAAUAGAAUAAAAAAAAAGCGAGCGACGAACAAAACAACAAAACAGAACAACAAGAAAACAAAAAAGAUAUCAGCAAAAUUCAUAAUCUCACGUACGUUCGUAAGCAAAAACCGUGGCGACUCUAUAAGCACCGCAAUUUGAAAUCGCGUUAAAUAGCGCUAGACACAGAAAUAUCAAAAUUUUAUUAUAUCGUAUGCAGUCGCAGCUGUCACGUAGCACCAGCCGGAGCAAAAUGCUACCCGACUUCACCGGCAAUUGGAACCAGCUGAAGGAGAAACCUCGCAUCUUGGUCAAAUGUGGCGGCUUCUCCAGCCAAUUGGCACGCAAUGUUAACGAAAAGGUGGACGGCGAUCCAUUGUGGGGCUCACGUUUCGAUGCCACUCAACCGCUCGCAGUGGUCAAAACCCAUUUGGACUUUCUGCGAAAAGGCGCGGACAUUAUACUGACCAAUACAUAUCAGUCGAGCGUGGAGGGCUUCAUGAAGCAUCUGGGCAAAACGCGCGAGGAAAGCAUCGAACUAAUUGCCAAGAGUGUGGAGCUGGCGAGGCAGGCCAAGACGCAGUACCUGGCCGAGUUGGCCACAAAUAACGGGAACAUUGGUCCAGAUAUGCCCUGGAUCAUGGCCUCGAUUGGACCAUACGGUGCACAUCUGCACGAUGGCUCCGAGUAUGCGGGCAGCUAUACGAAUCUGGUCAACUAUAGCCAGCUGCAACAAUGGCAUACCACAAGGAUUGAUACUUGCCUUCGUGCUGGUGUAGAUGGGCUCGCGGUGGAGACGUUGCCCUGCCAGCUAGAAGCGUUGGCUGUCACAGAUCUCAUACUAACACGCUAUGCCACAGCUCGCUUUUGGGUAACCUUUCAGUGCAAGGAUGCGGCUAGCCUGGCACAUGGCGAAUCAUUUGCCCAGGCUGCUUUGGACGUUUGGAAUCUGGUUGUGGAGUAUCAAGCGCAAUCGCGCCUGCUGGGCAUUGGCGUGAAUUGUGUGAAUCCCAGCCAUGUGACUCCUCUAUUGAAAUCCCUGCUGGACAUACUGCCACGCGAUGAAACCGUUCCCCUGGUCGUCUAUAGCAAUCGCGGCGAGAUCUACGACAGCGAUCGUGGCGAGUGGACAGGCAACGGACUGGAUGUCGCUUCAUUUGUGCCCGAGUGGCUGCGUUUGGGUGUACGCAUCAUUGGCGGCUGCUGUCGCGUCUACCCGGACGACAUACUUGAGAUACGGAAAUGUAUUGAUAACAUCGCCCAGCAGCCGCAAUCGCCCAUACAAACAUCCUUAGUGAUAUAGUCGCUAUCUGUCCCUAUCGCCUUCUCCGUCUGUCCCACUCUGCGUGUCUGAGUGUGUAUUAUUCCCAUUCACUUUUCGGCCUAGACCCAUUUAUAUAUAUAUUUA